AUGCUUUCGUGUUACCGCAAAAUCACUGACGGAUAUGACUGCAAUCAUUUUAGUUAUGGCUUUGUCAUAGUGUGCGUUAUCUAUAGAUAUAAUGAUCGAUGGAAAGUGGAGAUUCGAAAGCUCACCAAACAUAUGAAUAUCUUCUCAAAGUGGUUUCCUGCACAACACAAGACGCAUCCAGAGUUUAUCAGUGUGAAGUCUACAUUUGGUAAUGAGACACAUGUGGAAGCCCGAGAGCACGGUUCCCUCUACUUCAAUAUGCUCACCAAAGACUGGGCAUCCAGAUCUCCUGCGGCUACCCGUCCAUAA